UCCUGAUUGGCUCGCAGAGGAACGACGUUCGACGAGCAAAGCGUCGAACACUCGCCCCCCCUCCGGGGUAAGAGCACAGGUAGCCAAACGUUGCACGUUUCCUGCCCACUUUGAGCGGCUGGAUGAACUUGCCCUUCCCCGAGGUACCUGGACAGGCAGGCAGAGGGCGGUAUGGUAUCUGGACGGCCUGCGCAGUAGGUAGGAAGGUGGCAGGCAGGCAGGCAGGUAAAGGAGCUCUCUCUCUCUCUUUCUCGCGUGCUAUCGCUGGACGCGCGGCUGGACUGGACUAAACUGGCCCAUCCUACGACUACCCUGAUGAAAACAGACGAGGGUAUGACGGCCCUGAUGCUCUCCCAGCCGGACCUUCCCUGAGGGCCCUCCCUCCCUGCUCCAUCACUUCCCCCCCCAAAAGGUACCUCCAGAAGGCCGUGUGCCCAGGUAUUGCUAUCAACCCUGGUCCAGGCACUUAGCUCCCCUGGCGCUCGCUCGUGCGGGCAACUUUUAGCUUGUCAAUCCGCGUCCCAUCCCAUCCCAUGGCUUCCCCAUCCCGUAUCUACCUACUCCCAACCUACCCACCACCACCACCACCGGCCGGCCAGCUUUGCUUCUUUGUUAUCAACACAUUUGAUUCACAUCCCCCUUUCGCAUCCAUCUCUUAACUCUGAAGCCGACAAAGCAUCGACGGCUUCCUCCCUCCUGGCCAUACACCCCCCACCCCGUCGCUGGCAAACAAUGCUUCUAGGACCCGACCGCUUGCAUAUCCUCAGAGGCAACCGCGACUCCGUCUUGUAGCACGUGCUCUUUUAUUUUGUGUCUUCCUCGUGGUCGGUCUAACAAUCCAUUGCUACAUUAGCCUGUCUUGGGGGCACUCUUCUUUUUCCUUUUUUUUUUGCCCUCCGCAUCACCUAUUUGCUCUUUGGUUCUCUCUCUUUCUCACUGGCAUUGCUCAUUGCCCCUGAAUCCAAACCACAUCCUCUCCUCCGACUCGCCUAGGCUUGGCGAGACGGAGCUAAAGUUGAGAUAGCAGAUUCCCAGUACGUACGUACCACGAGACAGUGCAUCUUCGUCAGCGCCACCACUCCAGGUGUUGGUCCGGGCCUUGAAGCCAACCCUGCCUGAGGCGACACGUCACCUAUCUACUUGGUCCAGCCGGCGCGAUGCCUCGUGCAACACAUCCCCUCACCCCGGCCUCGUCCACCGACCUCAAAAGCCAGGAUGGCAGCAAGCAGCUCGCCUCGCUCCAAAUGUCUUUCGAACUCCCGCCACCAGCCCUAAGUGGUGCCCAGGCCAAGGCAUCUCCAGCCGACUCGGAAUCGAGCCCCCGGCAGAGUCAGGCCAAGACGCAGUACCCACUGCAAGCAAGCGAGACGGUCAAGUCUCGACGUAGGCCGUCGACUCUCCAAGGCAGCGCGGCGCUGGUGACGGCUGCCAAGGACUCGUUUGCGCUGCCGCCACCGCCGACGAGGUCUCGCAAGAUCAUCCAGAUGCAGCCCCGGACACAGGACGAAACCGAGGUCCAGUCGUCGGGCGGCGGCAGCGGCGGCAAGAGCGGCGGCGCGAAGUCUAGCGCAGCCGCCGUCGGCUCGGGGGCGGCCGUGGGUGGCAGCUCGACAGGCGCGGGGGCGUCGGCGGCCGGCAAGAAGAAGCAGUCGUCGGCCACGAGCGCCGCCGGCCGGAAGAUGGCGAGGAAGACGGCCCACAGCCUGAUCGAGCGCAGGCGGCGGUCCAAGAUGAACGAGGAGUUCGCGACGCUCAAAAACAUGAUCCCGGCCUGCACGGGCGAGAUGCACAAGCUAGCGAUCCUCCAGGCCUCGAUCGAGUACGUGGGCUACCUGGAGGACUGCGUGUCCAAGCUGAAGGCGCAGCGGGAGGACGCGUCGGCGCCGAUGGAGCUUGCGCCGCCGCCCAUGACCACAUACGAUGGCGCCGACGAGGACCAGCAUCACCGGCUCGGAUCAGGUCCCGGAUACGACGCGUACAUGGCGAACUCGGGCGACGACGACGAGGACGGCGACGUCGACAUGCACGGGGGCGCGGAGCUCCCGUCGCCGACCUUCACGGCCAAGGCGGCGGCGGCGGCAGCGCAUGCGGCGGCGUCGUCGACGACGCACUCGACGUCGGUCUCGCCGGCGCUGCUGGGCGCCGACUCGCGGCGGCAGCGCCACGACUCGUACUCGUCGGCCGUCUCGACGCCGGUCCUGGGCCCCGACGGCCGGCGCUGCAGCCUGGCGUCGGCCACGACGCCGUCGCCCGCCUUCGGGCCCCAGACGUACCCGGCCGGGCUCCCGUACUCGUCGCGCCCCGGGUCGGCGCUGACGAGCCCCGCGCUGCAGCCGCUGCGCGACGUGGACCACGAGGCGACGGCGGCGCUGCUCAUGCUCAACAGCGACCGCCGCGGCGCCGCCAACGGCCCGGUCGGGGCAAGCGGCGCCGGGAGCAGCACCGGCAGGGGCAUGAGUGUCCGAGACCUGCUGAGCACCUGAAGAGGAGGGAGGCAGGCAGGCAGGCAGGCAACUAAUUUCGGCCCAGCCUUGACACGAGCCCGAGAUCUUUUCACAAUGAUCCCUGAUGAUGGCCCGGGAACCCCUCAUAUUACAGCCGACCUAUGGUUCAUGGAGUACAACCUCCUUGCAGACCCAGCCAGUCCCAGGUUGGUGGGCGAGGCGGGGACAGCAUAUGUAUAAGAGAAAAAAGCAAAGCAGGCAGCACUAUCACUUACCUGCCGAGUGAGGGGCCGAGUGAGGGGCCGAGCAGGGAAACAAAAGAAGGGGGCCAGAACAACCAUGGAUAGACGGAUGGAUCGAUGGAUGUGUGGGGAUAGGAUGUCGCAUGGAUGCGAUGCUACCAAACCUACAUAUACAGCAAGCACCUGUGUGUG